AUGAUUUAGCGCAACACAUUAUAGCACCACAAUUAUCUGUUUCUUCAAUAAUAUUACCAGCUCGAGAUCUUACUAUUUUAGAAUUACCUGUACGAGAAAUUAAUGUGGCGUCAAGUGUUAUUACUAAUGAACAUGCAGCCCAAAUUUCUUCCUGGAUAGACGGAGUCACCCAUAACGUUGAGAAUAAUCCAUAUAAGUUUGACUUAUUAAUUCGGGGAAGCAAGGAUGGGUUUGAAUAUAGUACAUUUUGGGAGAAAUGCAGCAAAAAGAAGAGGCUAGUGGUAGUAUUGGAAGUUGAACAGACCGGAGAAAAGUUAGGUGGAUAUAAUCCUGUUGGAUGGGAACCUUAUAAAUGGGAUGGAUAUACUCAAUCGUAUUCGUGCACUAAUGACUCUUUUAUAUUUUCACUAAAAACCGAAAAUACAAGUCAUUCAACUAUUAGUAGAGUUAGAAAUUCUCUGAGAGCGAUUAAUAACAAUUAUCAAGGUGGCCCAUCAUUCGGUUCACUAGAUUUUCUACUGCAAGGUAAUUUUAAAACAGGAAAGAACUGCUAUUGUCAAAAGAAUGAUUAUGAGAAUCCGAUUAGAAGUGACUGCCGUGGUUUCUCCGUAAAGGAUUAUGAAGUUUUUCAAGUCAGACUGCGUACAGAAAAUGAAUAA